UCCGAAGUAACGGGAAAACUGGAGGCGUGACUCCCAGGAGUCAGUUGAAGCCCUGGUCUCUUCUCUUGUCAUUACAAAAGUAAUAAACGUUUAAUUGACCUUUGCAUCGUGAAACACUUAUGUAGAUACGGGUGGGCAUCUUACUUUAGCUGUUGUGAAAGUCUGAUGUUUGACUAAAGUAGUAUGACAUUCCCUGCCUCCUCAAUACUUAAGUAGUCUCCGUUUUUAUGGUACUCGCAGCAGUUCGGCAGAGACAGUUACGGGAGAUUGGAUGACCCAGGUUCAGCAAGUUAGUCAACAGCUAAGAGAUCCUUGUCCGUUAUGAUUCCCGUGGAGAGGGAAUCCAGAAGAAAUGAGAGCCUGUCGAGAAGUCAAUACCGUCCUCCCCCUCGACCCGGUUUACUCGGAGAGAUUCACUGUCCUAUCCGUUCUGAUCCCUUUAGCGAUCGUUACCUUCUUGUCCCUGGUCAGGAGCUUGGCAGUGUCCUUUGAUUUCAACUUCUCAUCUCUUUAUCAAAUCUUAAACUUAAUGGAGGUCCACAGUUGGUGGUUUUCUGCAACCUUGUCCUUGUCUACAAAUCUGGUAUGCCAAUACGGCAAUCGGGGCAAGUUUGCUGUUGUGAAAAAGUGUGUGGAAAAAACAACAGAAAAGGAGUACGCUGCCAAGUUUAUGAGAAAAAGAAGAAGAGGUCAAGACUGCCGAGUGGAAAUCUUACAUGAGGUAGCAGUUCUCGAACUAGCCAUAUCCAACCUAUGGGUCAUCAACUUGCAUGAAGUAUACGAGACACCAUCAGAAAUUAUACUGGUUUUGGAAUAUGCUGCUGGUGGUGAAAUUUUCAACCGCUGCAUAGCAGAUCAAGAAGAUGCAUUUAAAGAAAAAGAUGUUAAACGGCUCAUGAGACAAAUUUUACAGGGGCUGUCCUUUCUUCACAGCAAUAAUGUAGUGCACUUAGAUAUUAAGCCACAGAAUAUUCUGCUAACCAGUAGCUUCCCACUUGGAGAUAUCAGGAUUGUUGAUUUUGGCCUUUCCAGAAUAAUUAACAAAGACAAAGAAUUGCGGGAGAUUAUGGGAACACCUGAAUAUGUUGCUCCAGAAAUUCUCAAUUAUGAGCCAAUCAGCAGUGCAACUGAUAUGUGGAGUGUUGGUGUAGUAGCUUAUGUUAUGCUUACAGGGACAUCACCUUUCUUGGGGGAUGACAAGCAGGAAACCUUCUUAAACAUUUCUCAGAUGAAUGUAAGUUACUCAGGAGAUAUCUUUGAAGGUAUUUCUGAUGCUGCCAUUGAAUUUGUCAAAUCUCUUCUCAUUAAGGACCCCAGGGACAGGAUAUCUGCUGAGAAGGGCUUACAACAUCCAUGGUUGAAAGACGAUAGUGAAUCAGACACUUCAACUUCAUAUACAUCUGAAAAUACAGAAGAGGUAUUUCUUGGUACAUCUCAGACGGAGUUAAAUGCACCCUUUCAAGAAGAGGACGAUGCUCCAUGCUUAGAAAAAGCAAAAUUUCAGGAUCCAGUAACAGAGGAAUUGGUUGUUGUAGCUUCAUAUACACUGGGACAAUGCCGGCAGUCAGAAAAUGAAAGCAUAACAAGUGAUCCCAAGGGUAUCUCUAAACGUUUCAAGUUUGAAGAACCUUUUAGUACAUUGCAAGAGUUAACUGGAGAGUUUAUUUACUAAAUCUGGAGAGCUUGUUAUAAGCAUAUUUAUUCUUCUGACUUUGCAUCUGUAGGUGAAAUCUUGAGUUUUUUGUCCAUGAAACUCAUGUUUCAUUGUGUAUCUGUAGGUAAAAUCUGAGUUUCUUGUCAAUGAAACUCAUGUUUCUUUGUGAACUAAGUUCAGUGCCCAAUAUAUGGGAAUAGUUUUACUGUCUGAGUGGACUAGUGGUGUGAAUGGGGAUACAUGCCCCAUCAUACUCAGUUUACAGAAAGUUGUGGCCCCAUAUCCCAUGUGGAUUUCAUGUUCAUUAGACAAGCUGUUAAACUAAGUUCACAGUGUUUGCAAAUUUGUUUUUACGACUGUCUCCAUUUAGUAAAUGAAAUUCACUGUUUUCUCUUUAUGCAGAAAUCUUUGGAGAGGAGGUAACUGCUGAUGAAUUUGGGCAGUCUUUAAACUCUAUUUGAAUUUUAUGUACUUUUGUAGUCUUCUCAUCUCUGUUUUCAGAGCACUCAUAUUUUUAGUCAAGUCCUAGAAUAAGGAAUGACUGAGAUGAACAUGUAUACUGAAAAAUCCAAUGGAAGAAGAAAACUGUAAAAUCCACUGACUCCACUAGCAGUUGCAGCUUAAAAAGAAUACAAGUAGAGUGUAAAUGAGGUUUAAUAUUCAUGGCUAGUGUGUUUUUUCUUUGUCUGUUGUCCUGUAUUGUCAUGACAAUUUUAAAGUAUAAAUGCAUUUCUCUAAUUGUUUUUUUGUUUAAAUAUGUUUAUCUUUCAAAACUCCUCAGGUAUAUUUAGAUUUGCAUAUUUUCUGCUAACAUACUUUAAGUGGAACCAUUUGCCUCCACAGCUUGAAUACAGAAAGCAACAUCAUCUUUAGAAAAGAAAAGAGUUGAGUUCAUAUUUUACCAUGUUGUUAUAUUGCUUAUGUUAUGUAUAAAAUGCAACAGAUUCUUUUGUUUUCUACAUAGCACUACAGUCACAUGUGAUGGUUUGUGUAGAAUGCCCCCCCCCCAAAAAAAUGUUAUUUUAGCCCCCCCCCCCAAAGCAGUUGGAGUUGAGUAGGUGAGAUACAGCUAUCUAUUGUAUAUCUCUGACAAAGUAUCUCUCUUUGUCUCAACUGCAUUUUCCAGCACAGUAACUGAUGCCAUAAGUAGGCAAUAAGUAAGGUUCAUAUCUGCAUAUUUUUAGGGCAUGUAGUACCGACAACAGUCCUGUGUUAUUGACAUUGCAGUAAAUGCAGCUUUCCCAGAUGACUUGGGCACUAAUUCCAGUAGUUAUUAAAAAUAAAACGAGUUCUUAAAUGUGGUCAUCAUUGGUAAAACCCAUUCAUAUUUCAUCCUACCCUAGGGUAUAAAAUGUCUCUGUGGUUGGAGACAUGAUACUCAUUUUUUCAUUACUGUUAGAAGUGGAAAUAUUAUAAGGCUAUGGUUACUUUUAGGCUUUAGGUAUGUGGUAGUUUUAUUGUCUUUGUUCAGAAGUUUGCCAGACAUCCUACUGCCUAAACUGGAAUAUGAUUAAACCAGGAGCCAGCCCCCCCCCCCCAAAAAAAAAAUCAAGAUGUUGCAUGUUAUUUUUCUCAGAAACAUAGUUUUUCAACUAAAACAAGUUUUUGAAGUAUUAGUUUAAAAUCCCCAAAUAAAAUAUAAAAACUUUGUGACAUUUUAUAUGGUAGACUGUUAUAAGCAAUGUCAGCAGGGGGCACCUUAGAUAUUUGUGAAAAAAGUCAUUUCUAGUUGUGCCUUAUAGAUUUUUAUUUUUUGUACAGUAAUGUAAACUAUAUGAUGUUAUAAGCAUUGUUUAAAGCUGUAUUAAAAUGUCACAAUAUUUAAAUUAUAUGUAAAAUGUGUUGUAAAAUAGCAUUUUAAGGAAAUAGAUUUUUUAUGCAUCAUUAUUUUAUUGAAAUGUUGUGAAUCCGUUCUCGAUAUAAAAUCUUGAACAGGUUUCUAAUAAAGAUAAUUUUCAGUUAA